GAGAGGCUUUACAACCUGUAAAGCUAAAGCUGUACAUCAGCACCUGAAAGUGUGGGGAUCCCUAACCUGAGAUGUUUUUUCUGCACUGGUAGUGAAACAUUUAGAGAACUGAGACCACCCACAGAUGUUCGCUCCCCUCCAGUGCACCCACCGCCUUGGGAAAGAACCAGAAAAGGUAGUGAGCUGCAGAGAGUAGAAAGAGGAAGCAGCAUGUAGCUCCAACCUAAGCUUCAGCACUUCUCUGUUUUAAACUAAUAAUGAGGUGCUCCGAGGAACGUCUCCAGUUUAGAUGAACUGCGACUGGAAGAUGACGGGACGUUUUCCCAUCAUGAGGCCGAACCUCUGCUGCACCAUCCUUCAUGCGUGCAUCUGGGCAGAGCUGCUUCUCACCUUAAACGCUGACGAUGGAUGUCUCAUUGAAACUAGAGUACACGUGAACACAUCUUAUGAAGCUGUCGUGGGAGAGCAAUUUAAGAUUGAAUGUGGAGUUGCAUUCUGUGAAGAAGCCCCACCAACGGUCGACUGGAUUAAACGUGAGCAAACAGAUGUCCCUGUCAACGUCAGAAGCAGCAGUCGCAUUCAAACGCAGUGGGAAUUUAUAGACAAAUUAGAAGGGAUAUCAAUUCUGACCUUUCACAAAGUACGUCUAACUGACUCUGGUGUGUAUCAGUGUCAAAGUGGAGGCAGUAGCAGUCAUAACAUCAACGUCUUCGUCAAUGUUGAUGAUGGACGUUGGCGGCGUACCACUGUUCCACAGAAAAAUGAGAAGGAAUGUCUCAUUGAAACUAAAGUACACGAGGAUACAUCUUAUAAAGCUGUCGUUGGAGAAUAUCUUAAGAUUGAAUGUGGAGUUGCAUUCUGUGAAAAAGCCCAACCAACGGUCGACUGGAUUAAACUACGUCUGACUGACUCUGGUGUGUAUCAGUGUCAAAGUGGAGAAAGUAACAGUCAUUACAUCAACGUCUUCGUCAAUGGGUUAAUGGAGGCACAGUGA